CUACGGAGUGAUGGCAGCAUUCUCUACAGUCGUCGUCUCUCUCUCGUUGUUACUUGUGGUAUGGAUUUAACGCUGUUUCCAUUCGACUCGCAGCUUUGUAAACUCGGUAUUGAGAGUUAUGGUUACACAGCCGACCAAGUACGCUAUGUGUGGUCACAGGGUCGAAUCAAAGCACUUAUACUACAUAAAAUUCGUCUACCGGACUUUCAGAUUAAGGAAAGCUUUGUGACGAGUCGCGUUGAAAGUUAUGCAACUGGUGGGUAA